AUGAGAGUGUCGGAGCAAUAUCGGCUUGACGGAAUUGGACGUCAGCCGGAAUUGUCAUCCAUAUUGUUACGAUGUAUGGGCAACGCAUCUGUUUUCCGAAGAGGAAAAAGCUCGGAAAAAUAUGCAUGGAACAAUCCAUGGACGGAUUCAAACUUGCAGGAAACCAAACGAAUUCUGGUAUCGGUAAGACGAGAUUUGCUUGAAGCUGCUCGUCAAUUAGAAAAUAUUAAUUUGGAGCAUGAAAUAAUUACCAAACAAAUGGCUGAUGCAAGAAAUGAAUUGAAAAUUUUACUACUGGAUAUCGAAGAUAUGGAAUUAUAUCGUCGAGAAUUGCUAGCUAAAAACCGUGUACCAUUAUAUCUUCCUAUGGCUCCUACUGUUAUAUCUGGUAAUGGACAUAUGGAUGACAUAACAGGCACACCUCCGAACAUAGCUUCUUUCGAGGCAGUCUUCAAUUUCAGCAAAUGUUCAAUAGCUGGAAAUUUUGGUAUCUAUGUUUACAAACCUGGAGAGAAUGCAUCGGAACAUGCUAUGGAUUAUUAUAAUUUGUUCAGCCAAUUUCAUAUGCUAACCAAUCGACCGAAUGAUGCAUGUAUUUUAUUUGCAUUCGUGGAUAAUAGCAAUGAUGUGAAACAUUUGAAAUACUGGAAUAAUGGUCGGAAUCAUGUUCUGCUAAAUGUUGGUAUCAAUUCGCUCUCGUAUUAUCCGAAUUCAGUCAUUGUUUCUGCACUAUAUGAUCAUAGGAAGUUCAAGGAUAAUUUCGAUAUAUCUUUGAAUAUAAGAGUUCCUAAUUAUAACAAAAAUCGCUGGAAGGAGUUAUCUUCUUUGCUACCUUUAGCAAGAAAAUACCUUUUGUCAUGUGCUGGUACAACAAUAUCAGAAGAAAUUUCAUCAGAUAUAAAAGAGCAGCUAGAAUUAUUGGCAAGUUCAGCUGAAUCUGUUGGUGAUCGAGUAUUUCUGGAUACCAGUUGCAAAGAAAACUGCACUUCAAGGAAUAACAUUUACCUUGAAUCGGUAUUCGCUCUUAUACUUUUCCAAAGUGGACAAAGUCCCACAACUGUGUUUCAUGAUCAGUUACUCGCUGCCCUUCAGUAUGGUGCUAUACCGGUAAUAACAACAUUACAACCACCUUUGCCGUUUAUGGACUGGCUCGAUUGGCGGCGAGCUGUAUAUACAUUACCACUGCAACGAUUACCUGAAUUACAUUUUAUCUUACGUUCCUUUGCACCCUCCGAUAUUUUGGAGAUGAGGCGUCAAGGACGAUUUUUGCUAGAAAAUUAUCUUAUCGAUAAAAAAGUAGUUGCUGAAACAUUAAUAUCAGCGUUAAGAUUCCGUAUUGGUGUGCCUGGUGAGCAAGCAGUUGCUAUACAAGCUAAUCCAUUGUUUGGUAAUCAACAGUUUACUGCUCCACAUUUAAUUCUAGUGAAACCAGUUGAUGAAGAAUAUUUGGGACCACGUGAAGCUCCACAUAAGUCUUCUCCCUAUACACAUAAUUUUACAUCUCUUCAAAUGUAUUCGUAUUAUUGGUGGAAUAACUUUGGUAAUGUGGCAGGCAGAUCGUUGGAAUAUAUAAUUAAUGAACCGCCAUUCCCAUCCCAAUUCGAAUAUGGCGAAGGUCUUGAAUGGGGUUUUCGUCCCAUUGCCCCCCCUGCAAGUGGCGCAACUUUUUCAAGUGCGCUUGGUGGCAAUAGACCACGCGAACAAUUUACAGUGGUGCUUCUCACAUAUCAGCGAGAUGCUAUAUUGGCUUCUGCUCUUGAAAGGCUCAAUAAUAUGCCAUAUCUAAAUAAGGUAUUGGUGAUUUGGAAUGGACGUGAGCCGCCACUUGAGCGUAGCUGGCCACGAUUACACGUCCCCGUUAUUUUCAUUAACUCAACUGUGAAUUCAUUGAAUAACCGUUUCUUACCAUAUGAACAGAUCAACACGGAAGCAGUGCUCUCGCUAGAUGACGACAUUGACCUCAGGCAACAUGAAAUUAUUUUCGCAUUCAGAGUGUGGCGUGAACAAAGGACGAAAAUUGUUGGUUUCCCAGCUCGACGUCAUUCUCAGCAAGGAAAUGACAUCUUGUAUGACAGCAACCAUACGUGCCAAUUGAGUAUGAUAUUAACAGGAGCCGCAUUUAUUCACAAGGCUUAUUUAUAUGCCUACACAUAUGGUAUGCCACAAGUAAUAAAGGAAAAAGUGGAUGAGUUCAUGAAUUGUGAAGAUCUGGCAAUGAAUUUCUUAGUCGCUCAUUUAACACGUGAGCCACCCAUCAAAACAACUAGCAAAUGGACAUUGCGUUGCCCAGCUUGUAAAGCAAGUCUUUAUCAACGAACUACGCACUAUCGGCAACGACAUGAAUGCAUCCAAUUUUUCGCCCAAGUUUAUGGAUAUAAUCCACUCCUUUUUACUCAACUUCGCGUGGAUUCGGUACUAUUCAAAACACGUCUCCCAGCCAAUCAUCAAAAAUGUUUCAAAUAUGUUUAA